AUGGCAUUAAAAUUCUUAGAAAGAUUGGAAAACCCUAAUCAUCCCUCAAUGGGACCAAUCAUUUGGGGCCUCAAAGCUGCAGGCAUGUGGAAGUCAGAUAACACUUUAGACAAAGCGUUUAUCGUCCAAACAUUCGCCAUCAUUACUUUCGCAACUGAAGUUACAGAACUGUGGUUUCUCAGAUCGGACAUCACUAGCGCUUUAAGAAACAUUUCAUUUACAACGUUGCGUUUAGUAUGUGUCGUGAAAUCUGGUAGUUUUGUCCUUUGGAAUAAAUGUUGGAAAGAAAUUAUUGAAUACGUUUCUGGGCUGGAAAGAGAACAACUCAGUAAUCCAGGUGAAGGUGUUGUACAAUCUAUGGAGUUGUAUAUAAGAUAUUCCCGAAGGAUAACUUACCUGUAUUGGGGGUUAACUUAUAGCACUGUUUUGGCAGUCAUUCUAUCACCGCUAGUUAGUUAUUUUGCCUCAGCAGAAGUGAUAAGAAACGGUAGCGUUCCGUAUCCAGAAAUUAUAAGUUCUUGGGUACCGUUUGACAAAACUAGAGGAUGUGGCUACGCUGUGCUCAUUCUUAUUCAAGCAGUAAUGUUGAUUUAUGGAGGAAUAACGGUCGCUUCUUACGACAGCAACGCUGUGGCGCUAAUGACAUUUUUUGCUGGACAACUGAAUAUAUUGAGAGAGAAUUGUAAAGGACUGUUCGAUGGAAACAUUAGCAAGGAAAGUUCGAUGAAAAAAAUUCGCGGAUAUCAUAAAAACUACGUGGACUUGAUAAAGUAA